UGAAACUUUUGUGUAGAAAAAACUUGAAAAUAAUAUUGUAGGUCUAGUAAACUGUGUGAAAACUGUAGCCACGAUUAGCAACUAUGCUGCGCAUCUAUCAAAACACAUACCGGCGAACGGCUAGAAAAGCUGUUGUUUACUCCACAAAAGUUGCCUGCUGCAAUCAUUCCACGCUAUGCAACAUCACCGGCCAAGCACAUUCAAAGCGCCAUGGCGCAGGAGCACAUUGGCAACAACAUAACAAUCAACGUCACGAAGAGUUUCUACUGGGUGGCAACCAGGCGAGAGGCUGGACAAUACCGCCGCACUCGCGUGGUUACGGCAUGCUAGUUGUGCGUAUUCUAAGAGGGGCCUUGAAACUGCGUUACAUUGUGCUGGGCGGUGCCAUUGGUGGUGGUGUCUCAUUGAGCAAAAAAUAUGAGGAUUGGAAGGAUGGUUUGCCGGAUCUUAAGUGGCUAGAGGAUGCAUUGCCGCAGGGUGAAAGGUGGAGUCAGUUUUCAAAGAAUCUCAUUGAGGUGGGCGGCCUGGUGAAGAAUGCAAUUGACAUAGAUCCGAAGCUUAAGCAGCUUGGCGAAGAUAAAUUAUCGGAAUGGCGCUCAUGGUUCGAUAGUCGUCUGGACGAUGCAAUUGAAGCUGCCGAUUAUCAAGGAAAUCAAAUUGUUGAAACCAAGGAAGAUAUCAAGGCGAAGACAACUGUGGCAGCGCUGGGAAUCUCUGCAGACGAAAGCCGUAAAAAAUAUGAUAAGCUGCAGAACCAAGUGGAAACGCUGCAGACUGAAAUCAUGAAUGUGCAAAUCAAAUACCAAAAAGAACUUGAAAAAAUGGAGAAGGAAAAUCGUGAGCUACGUUCGCAAUAUCUUAUAUUGAAGACCAAUAAGAAGACGACGCUGAAGCGCAUUAAGAAAUCCUUAAUUGAUAUGUACUCGGAAGUGCUGGAUGAGCUAUCUGGCUAUGAUACGGGCUACACCAUGGCUGAUCAUUUACCGCGUGUUGUUGUUGUGGGCGAUCAGAGCAGCGGCAAGACCUCGGUGCUGGAAUCCAUAGCUAAGGCGCGCAUAUUUCCACGUGGCAGCGGUGAAAUGAUGACGCGUGCACCAGUCAAGGUUACAUUGGCCGAGGGACCAUAUCAUGUGGCACAGUUUCGUGACACAGAUCGUGAAUAUGAUCUCACCAAAGAGUCGGAUCUGGCGGAUCUGAGGCGUGAGGUGGAGUUCCGCAUGCGUGCCUCUGUAAGAGGUGGCAAGACCGUGAGCAAUGAAGUCAUAUCCAUGACCGUUAAGGGACCUGGAUUACAGCGCAUGGUCUUGGUGGACUUGCCCGGCAUUAUAUCGACAAUGACAGUCGACAUGGCAUCAGAUACGAAGGAUUCUAUUCACCAAAUGACUAAACAUUAUAUGAGCAAUCCAAAUGCAAUUAUACUAUGCAUACAGGAUGGUUCUGUUGAUGCGGAACGCAGCAAUGUCACGGAUCUGGUCAUGCAAUGCGAUCCACUGGGACGGCGCACCAUAUUUGUGUUGACCAAAGUGGAUUUGGCAGAGGAACUGGCAGACCCAGAUCGCAUUAGAAAGAUAUUGUCAGGCAAACUGUUUCCGAUGAAAGCAUUGGGUUACUAUGCAGUAGUAACAGGUCGUGGACGCAAGGACGAUAGCAUAGAGUCUAUAAGGCAGUAUGAAGAGGACUUUUUCAAGAACUCUAAAUUGUUUCAUCGACGUGGCGUUAUAAUGCCGCAUCAGGUAACGAGCCGUAAUCUUAGCUUGGCUGUGUCGGAUCGUUUCUGGAAAAUGGUGCGGGAAACUAUAGAGCAGCAAGCAGAUGCAUUUAAGGCCACCAGAUUUAAUCUGGAAACCGAAUGGAAAAACAAUUUCCCCAGACUGCGUGAAUCUGGUCGGGAUGAGCUAUUCGAUAAGGCUAAAGGCGAAAUUCUCGAUGAGGUGGUGACGCUCUCACAGAUCUCGGCAAAGAAAUGGGAUGAUGCACUCACUGCCAAACUCUGGGAGAAACUAUCCAAUUAUGUAUUCGAAAAUAUUUAUCUACCCGCUGCACAGUCAGGUUCUCAAAAUUCCUUUAAUACCAUGGUGGACAUAAAGCUGCGACAGUGGGCGGAGCAGGCAUUGCCCGCCAAAUCAGUUGAGGCUGGCUGGGAGGCGCUGCAGCAAGAGUUUAAAUCGCUGAUGGAGCGUGCUAAGAAAUCGCACGAUCACGAUGGACUCUUCGAUCAGCUCAAGGCGGCUGUGGUGGAUGAUGCCAUACGACGACACAGCUGGGAGGACAAGGCCAUCGAUAUGCUGCGUGUUAUACAAUUGAAUACAUUAGAAGAUCGCUUUGUGCACGACAAAGGCGAAUGGGAUCUGGCGGUGAAGUUCUUGGAAAACUCUGUCACCGCCAAGCUGCAGCAAACGGAUGAGACACUGGGACAAAUGUUUGGACCUGGCCCGUGGGCGCGUUUCGCACACUGGCAGUACUUAACGCCCGAUCAGCAAAAGCGACGCAGCGUUAAGAACGAACUUGACAAAAUACUCAAGACGGAUGUGAAACAUUUGCCGACGCUAAGCUACGAUGAAUUGACAACGGUGCGCAAAAAUCUGCAGCGAGAUAAUGUGGAUGUCGAUACGGAUUAUAUACGGCAAACUUGGUUCCCUGUUUACAGAAAACACUUUUUGCAGCAGUCGCUGCAGCGUGCGAGAGACUGCCGCAAGGCUUAUUAUCUGUACACGCAACAGGGCACAGAGUGUGAGGUCUCCUGCAGCGAUGUGGUGCUCUUCUGGCGCAUACAGCAGGUCAUUAAAGUCACUGGCAAUGCGCUGCGGCAGCAGGUUAUAAAUCGCGAGGCGCGUCGCCUGGACAAGGAGAUCAAAGCUGUGCUCGAUGAGUUUGGCGAUGAUGAGGAGAAGAAGGCGCAUCUACUUACGGGCAAGCGUGUGCUGCUGGCCGAGGAGCUAAUCAAAGUGCGAAUGAUACAGGAGAAGCUUGAAGAGUUUAUCAAUUCGUUAAAUCAAGAAAAAUAGAUUGGUGUGCCAUGACCAAAGACACAACUGCGUUAAUUAUUUAAUGUUUUUUAAUUUAAGCUCAAAAACGAACGUUUAAAGUCAUCAACAACACGCAUUGUUCAUAACAAUUUUCCUUAGUUGUUAGCUAUUACGCUUAUUUUGUGCAGCAAACAAAAACAAAAAACUCCGAUUAAUAAAUUAUAUCAGACAUUGUUAGUUUGUAUAUUAGAAGUCAAUGCUUUUUACUCACGUGUCCUAAAUUGCACAUAAAAUAAUAAAUA